UAAUGUCCAUAUUUUAUUUUUUUAUUGGUCAUCCAGGCAGCAUGGUAAAGAAAAAGCGUCUGAGGCUCAUAGCCGAGAUGGCUCGGAAGAUCCGGGCCUACCGGGAGCUGAAGAAUCGACCCCAGGACUCUCAGCGCUAUGCGUUAGACUACGACACCAUGACACGACCCUUCACUGGCAAAAAGCUGCCAGUGCUGGCUUGGAAAGAUGUGCGUCAAGAAACACGCCUCUUUACGUUACUGGCUGGCAUGCGCAUGUUUGGUGUGGGUCGAAUCUUUACACGCAAGUCAUGGCUGGACGAGCAUACAGAACCAUGCUACUGGAAAAUAACAAAAGUCAAGGUGGAUUAUACAGCAGAGAACAUGGACCAUGGGAAAGCAUGGGGCGUUCUAACAUUUAAAGGUAAAGAGGAGCCUGCAGAGCGUGAGGUGGAUAAGGUGAUGUACCAUGACUGGCGACUGGUGCCCAAACAUGAAGAAGAGGUCUUCAAAAGCUGUGAACCCGUCCCUGAGCCUCCUGUGCGUUACAUGAGAUACCCGCCUCUCCUGCGUGCCAUGAUCCUGUCCCAGCAGGCCAAGCAGCUGGGUGUGGAUGCCAGCACUAUCCCAGAGCCCACUCUCCCAUUGAUACGGGAUGCCCUGCUCAGUCAUGAGUACUUCAGGAGUCAGGAUGAGAAGAAGAAACAGGAGGGUACACCUGUCUGAUGCUCCAGUCCUCUUCAGAGGGGUUAAGGUCAUAGCGAGGAGAUCUGAGUCAUGUUGCAGUGGUCUUCUUGAUAGGAACUGCUUCUUUUGUUCCUACUUUUAUAGUCACUGCUGGCUGGUUAAAGACUAGUUUGUGUUUUACCGCUGUAUUUUGGUAAAACAAAAUAUAACCUUACAUUUACAUAUUUCUUCCUGGGAUCAUGUGGCUUAUGAUAGGAGAUCUGUUCGGAAAUAUGACCAAACCCAAAAGGAUAAUCCUCUGUGGAAAGACUUUUUUUUUUUGGAAAGUUAAUAUCUGUGUGAUAUUCUUUACAGUAUGUGAGCUAAAUAUGAAGUUCUAUGCAUUAUUUUCAGAUAGAGAAUAAAAAUGGGUCAAGUGAA